AUGGCGCUUGGUAACCUGGUCGGCACGGCCGACGUGGGCAGAAUUGAAGCUCCGGUCACCAUGAAGGCCUACCUGAUGUGCGCUUUCGCCUCGUUCGGUGGCAUCUUCUUCGGUUUCGAUUCUGGCUACAUCUCUGGUGUCAUGGGCAUGAAGUACUUCAUCAACCUGUACACCGGUAUCCCCAUUCCCCUCCCUGGCGCAUCGCAGGCCGAGAAGGAUGCUUUCACUCUCCCCGCAUGGAAAAAGUCCUUGAUCACCUCGAUUCUCUCUGCGGGUACAUUCUUUGGGGCUCUGAUUGCUGGUGACCUGGCCGAUUGGAUUGGUCGUCGGGCCACCAUCAUCGCGGGCUGUCUUGUCUUUAUCGUCGGUGUUAUCCUUCAAACUGCCUCUACUGGUCUCGGUCUCUUGGUUGCUGGUCGUCUCGUCGCAGGAUUUGGUGUCGGUUUCGUAUCAGCUAUCAUCAUUCUUUACAUGAGUGAGAUCGCUCCAAAGAAGGUUCGCGGUGCCAUCGUCUCCGGUUAUCAGUUCUGCAUCACCAUCGGAAUCCUUCUCGCAUCUUGCGUUGACUACGCGACUCAAGAGCGACUCGACACCGGCUCCUACCGCAUUCCGAUCGCAAUCCAGAUGUUAUGGGCCAUCAUCCUCGCCAUUGGUCUCUUCCUCCUGCCCGAGUCGCCCAGAUACUAUGUGAAGAAGGGUAACCUUGAUCGCGCUAGCCAUGUCCUGGGCCGUCUUCGUGGUCAACCCGAGGGAUCAGAGUUUAUUCAACAGGAGCUGGCUGAGAUUGUUGCAAAUUUCGAGUAUGAGCAGUCGGUAAUUCCACAAGGCGGAUAUUUCAAGACCUGGAUGUCCUGCUUCACCGGCGGCCUUCGCAUGCCCUCCUCCAACCUGCGCCGAGUCAUUCUCGGCACCUCCCUUCAGAUGAUGCAACAGUGGACUGGCAUCAACUUCAUCUUCUACUUCGGCACCACGUUCUUCCAACAGCUUGGCACGAUCAGCAACCCCUUCUUGAUCGGCCUCAUCACCACUCUCGUCAACGUCUGCUCCACUCCCAUCUCCUUCUGGACUAUUGAGAGAUUCGGCCGUCGUACAAUCAUGAUCUGGGGUGCCUUGGGCAUGCUGAUCUGCGAGUUCAUUGUCGCCAUUGUAGGUGUCACCGCCGGUCGCGAGAGCCAGAACAACCAGAGUGCCGUCUCCGCCCAGAUCGCCUUCAUCUGCAUCUACAUCUUCUUCUUCGCCACCACAUGGGGUCCAGGAGCAUGGGUGCUGAUCGGCGAGAUCUUCCCACUUCCAAUCCGCUCUCGUGGUGUUGCGCUCUCGACCGCUAGCAACUGGCUCUGGAACUGCAUCAUCGCCGUCAUCACCCCGUACAUGGUCGGAAAACAGAAGGGCGAGGCCAACCUGGGCUCUCGCGUCUUCUUCGUCUGGGGUUCCCUCUGCACCGCCUGCUUCUUCUACGCCUACUUCCUCAUCCCCGAGACCAAGGGUCUCUCCCUCGAACAGGUCGACCGCAUGCUCGAGGAGACCACCCCUCCCCAAUCCGCCAAAUGGGUCCCCCACGACACCUGGGCAUCUCGCGCCGGCAACGUCGACAGAGAGAAGAUCCCUGCCCACGGCAACGUAAGCAAGGUCGACCACAGCGAGCAUCUCGAUGACGAGACCUCUUCUAUCGUCUAA